AUGCAUUUCACCACAAUCCUGAACACCGCCUUCCUCGCCAUCGUCAGCGGCGCCCUCGCCGCGCCCCUGGCUCAGUCAGGCUCCGGCUCCAGCUCGUCGAACUACUUUCCCAGCGUCACCGAAAUUGGCUGGUGCAUGAUCCCUUGGAAUGUGGACGAUUGCGUCAAGGCUCAGGGCCACGCUGACAUCGCCGCCCAAGCCGCCCAGAACCUCUUCCCCGCCAACACCCUGCACAAUGGCAAGGGCGACGCCUUCCGCCACUGCUACUGGAAUGCCCGCAUGACCAUCGACCUGGGCGCUGGCAACGCCAAGAGCAUCGGCGAUAACCACGAGGAUGGGUCCAAUGGCCCGGCGGAGGAGAAGAGGAUGGACCUUGCAAACAAUGCGUCCGGAAGAAAUAUUGGCGCCAGUGCGGGAAGUUAUGCCAGUGCACAGGAGGCUUGUAGGGUGGCUGCCGUGAAUGGGAGGCUGGUGACCUUGAAGUAG